UGAAGGACGGUUCGUGUGUUGAGCGCAAAGCUAACUGAGCGGAUUGCGAAACAGGGGUUUUUCCUCGAACGAACACCCCACUCCCCGGGCGCCAAAUACACACACAAAUCCGCCAUUUUCGAUCGAAUUUGCCUUUAAUAAGUGGCGGCGAAACGAUGAUUUUAAAGGAGUAAGCGAUGUCGUCGUCGAGAUCGUUGAUACAUCGAGUCGCACCUUUUUUCGCAGCUCGGAUUCGACAGAACCAGAGGCUUCUGAGCUCAUCGUCCUCUGCUCUUCCUCAACACCAAUCCUUUUCUGAAACUUCGUCUCUCGAUGCCGUUCACCUGACCGAUAAUUGCGUCCGGAGAAUGAAAGAAUUGCAAGCAGAUGAAGCAAAGGAAAGAAUGCUUCGGCUGAGCAUAGAUGCAGGUGGAUGUUCUGGUUUCCAAUAUACCUUCUCACUAGAGGAUAAAACCAAUACAGAUGACAGGAUUUUUGAGAGGGAUGGAGUCAAAUUGGUGGUCGAUAAAAUUUCAUUGGAUUUUGUCAGAGGUGCUACUGUAGAUUAUGUUGAGGAGCUGAUCCGUUCUGCAUUUCAGGUAGCUACAAAUCCGAGUGCAGUGGGUGGAUGCAGCUGUAAAAGCUCCUUUAUGGUCAAAUAA